CCCUUAUAAACGCAGAAAAGAAACAGUCAAUAAUGUCACUGACAGAGAGACAUACAUUUACUACACAGAUAUAGAGUGAGAGAAGAAUGAGAGAAGAUAUGGAAAAAGAGAGCAGAGAGAGAGAGAGAGAGAGAAAAAGAGUGGUGUGAGAAAGAAAGAAGAGAGAGCGAUGAAAAGAGAAAACGAGAAGAGCGAUUGAGAGAGGGACUACUCCUUCUUUGCAGACUGAUGAUUCAGACCUUGACUACAGUUCAGAGCGAAAAGAGAGGAACCAAGGUACCCGCGAUUUACUGUAGAUCAAGAACUUCAGAAAGAGAAUCUCCCACUCACAGAAUCAUCCAACAGAAAAGCACCACCAAAGACGAGGUAACCAUGACCAUCAACACCACCCAUAACUGCACCGAGCCCCAGAUUAACCUUAUUUUCGUGGGGGUCUACGUCAUUGUCUUCACCGUCGGCCUAUUCCUCAAUCUCACAGCACUGGUAGUCUUCUUCUGUUAUACCAAGUUGUGGUCCCACACCAUGGUCUACAUGACAAACCUGGCCAUCGCAGACCUCCUCCUGGUCCUCACUCUGCCCCUGAGGAUCUACUACCAUCUGGGCUUGUCCGGGUUACCUCAGGUCUUGUGUGAAGGGAUGGGCCUGGUUCUUCUGGUCAACAUGUAUGGCAGCAUAUUCCUCCUCACCUGCAUGUGUUUCGACCGCUGCAUGGCUGUGUGCCUACCCAUGUUGUCCUGGGUCCAGGAGGGGCGUAAGAAAGCCCCGCUGGUCUGCCUUGGGGUGUGGCUGCUCACCGCAGGCGCCAGCCUCCCCAUCUACAUCUCCAAACGCAGAGAGGUGCCCAAGGACAUCGAGGUCAAUUGUUUCGGGAACCUCCCAGUCUACGCCAUGCAGCCCAUGGCGGUCGCCUCGACUUUAACCGUUGGCUUCGGCAUCCCCUUAUUGGUGAUGUUAGUCUGUUCCUGGGCAUUGAUCCAGGCCAUCACAAGGAGCUCCAUAGCCCAAACAGACUUCAUCGACUCUGGGAAGAUUCAGAGGAUGAUCACCAUCAGCCUGGUGAUAUUCCUCACCUGUUUCCUGCCCUACCAUGGGACUCUGGCCCUCCUCUAUGUUCAUAGGGAGGCGAUAACAUGCCCCCUUCUGGCAGCAUACCACUAUAGCCUAAUGGUGGCCUGUCUGAAUGCCAUGUUGGACCCACUAGCCUACUACUUCACAACAGAGACGUUCAGGAGGAAGAUGGAUAAGGAUUCUGUCAGAACAGCUCUUAGAGGAACAACACGGAAUCCAGAGGACCAGUCGACACUUUAAAGAUGUUCCAUCAAGGGCGUAACAGUCUCUUGAACAUUAGGGGGAUGGAGUCUAACAUUUUAGCAUUAUGGAUGUUCCCUGUAAACAGUCACUCUGAGGGGAUCAACACGAGGGGAUCCAGGGGACAUGUCAAUACCUGAAAGACAUUAAAUAUAGAUCAAAUGUAGAGUCUUUAUAACAAUUGUGAAUUUAUAAAAGGAUCCACAGGCAUACGAUUCUCAUUGAACUUUUAUCCACUGAAGCCUCGUCUACAGAGCUGCAUCGGUUAUUGACGUUUGCAGAUGUUACACAUGAGGCUAAAUGAUGCAGGCCCAGGUGUCCAUGGCUCAAAUGGUGUCGGGAUCUACUAAUUCCUGCUGGGUCUUUGCUUUGGGAAUCCUGUUUUGUUGACUUUUCAGCCUUUCACUGACAUUAAUUGGUUGAUGAAGAGUAGCUUUCUGAUGAAAUACACCAACAGAGUGGACAGAGGCCAGGCUUUGUGUAAUUCAGCUCCAACGACAUUGAUUCGCCCAAGGUCAAUGCUUAAACAUUUUGUAAUUGUACUCUUUAGUUGCGUGCCUUUCUUUGUUUGCUGAAAUCCAUGCUUUUUCAAGAAACCUUAAUCAAAUACAAGCACCGACUGUUUGCUCAUUGCCGUUGCUCUAAGAUGGCAACUCAGCCCAAAUGCACGUGCCAAUUGAAUCUCAACAAGGAAACGGUUGGUGGUUGGAAACUUCACCACGAAGUGGAGUUUAGUCAGUUAGAUGAAGAGUAGACCCAAGGUAAUAUGGAGAACCAGUUUAUGGCUUCCAUGGACUGGAUAGCUGGAGUUGAUCUACCCUGAAUUUUGUUUUUUUCGUAUGUUGCGAACGUGCAACACGAACAGUGACAAAUGAACUGGCGGAGAUGGUGUGAGAUGUAGCCACUGAACAAACAGUGCCAAUAUAUCCUCCAAACACUGGAAGAAUAAUUUACAUAUUUUAAUUGAAAAAGUUAUUUGGAUUCAUUUAUUCAUACUAUUUCAUCCUUCCACAAGAUAUAGUCCCGACACAAAUCUAGGGUUGCUACCCAAGCCGGUUGAUCGUUCGUUCUAUCGGUUUGGUUGCCAGAGACGCAACCCAGUCGUUUAGUCUUUUUGUUCUGUAUCUAUGAACACAGCCAAGUUGUUCGUUCUAAAUGUUCCAUUGCCAUACUGACUGGCAACACUCGUAUCCCUUGCUUGCUAGCUAGCCUACUACGGCUGUCAGUCAGUCACGUCAAAAAGUGCAGUCAGAAUAACAGCAAAGUGGCUGCAUUUUCAUUUGUUCAAGCUGUUUUCUCAUGACAUUUAUUUGGAUACAUCCAUAAGAAUGAGCUAAUGAGGCGCGAUUCCGCCUGGCAUAGAAUAUGUGCUCACUCGUCAGGACAUUGUUGUUCACAGGAGCUAGCCAACAACACAGUUAACACAAUCACCUCAAACUGAGGCUGGAAAAACUGGAAACGAGCUGCACUUCAUUGCGUUUGACCUUUUUUUCAAUUGACAUUUCUUUGUAUAUAUCCAUACAAAUGAUGCCAGCUAAUUCAGGAUUUCGACUGGCUGAGAAAUGCUGCCUGCCUGUAUGUCUCGUCCCGACUCCCGACACAUUCAUUGCUAUGGGACAGCUGGAGAUCGGAAUUCAAUAUUAAAACAAUGUUGCAAAUGUUUGAGAGAAAGACAGCAAGGUUUAUACAAAUCUCCACUGUUGAAAAUGAAAUGUUAGUCUAAAAGAAAUAUGCGAUAAUGUCUAGAUGCUUUUUAUACUGGAGAUCGAGUUAAUAAAGUGCCUGGCUGGGCUGAUGAGACAGUGGAUUUCACAGUCAGAUGGAACAGAGUAAACGCCAUUUUAACACCAUUGAUUUAGCCAGUGGUAACUUGUGGAAUAGACACCGGCUGGAAUGCAGUUUUAACCAAUCAGCAAUCAGGAUUAGACCCACCCGUUGUAUAAUAUAUGUUAAUGAUCUUGAAUGAUGAUACAAUGAGUAAGCUCUUUUAUAAAUGGUUAUUUUGGAUUGGCAAAAUAUUGUAACGUCAUGAAAUGUAUUUAGAAUGUUUGUUUUGUAAAUCUAGAUCAAGUUUUGAAGUGUUUUUUUUUCUCACAUUCCCUGCCUGAAGAGAACUUAACACUGACCUUAUGCAAAGGCAAUGCAGCAAUAUAUCUACAGUAACUGAAGCUUGAAUGAUUUUGAGUAGCCUGAAUUAUUUUACUGCUACAUAAGGAAGCGUUGCAUGUCCCCAACUCACAUCUUCCUCUCAGGUGCCAUUGUUGCACCAUUGCAUUUAUGAGAAUAAAACAUCAGUACCAGU